AUGAACUCUUCCGACCCUGUCGAGGUGGCGGAGGCUGCCCGCUCCCGGGCUGCUGCUCACGAUGUCGAGAUCAGUGAGAAGCAGGAGCUGGACCACAAGCUGGCUCUCACUCCCAGCAUCCAAGAGGUGUCGACGACAACCAAGGAGGCCACCGUCUCCUCGGUUGGAGGCGACAGACAGUAUCCCUCCGAAGAAGACUUCCGGACCUUGCGCCGUGUCGCUGGCACGAUUCCCUGGACGGCAUACACCGUUGCGUUUGUCGAGUUGUGCGAGCGGUUCUCCUACUACGGAACAACUGCUGUCUUCGUCAACUUCAUUCAGCGUCCUCUCCCCGUAGGCUCCACCACCGGUGCUGGCUAUGACCACUCGAACCCCGGUGCGCUGGGCAUGGGCCAGCAGGCGUCGACUGGCUUGACCCUAUUCAACUCGUUCUGGUCGUACAUCAUGCCCCUGCUCGGUGCCUUCAUGGCGGAUCAGUACUGGGGUCGGUUCCGCACGAUCAUGUUCUCCAUUGCGGCCGCGCUGCUUGGCCACCUGAUUCUGAUCGUGUCCGCGUUGCCCCCCGUCAUCUCCAACCCCAACGGCGCCAUCGGAUGCUUUGCUGUCGGUCUGAUCAUCAUGGGUGUCGGUACCGGUGGUUUCAAGUCCAACAUCUCCCCCCUGAUUGCCGAGCAGUACCGCGAGGAACACCCCUAUAUCCGGACGCUGGCCUCCGGCGAGCGCGUCAUCGUCGACCCCGCCGCCACCAUCUCGCGCAUCUACCUGUACUUCUACCUCAUGAUCAACAUCGGCUCCAUCCUCGGCCAGGUCAGCAUGGUCUACGCCGAGAAGUACGUCGGCUUCUGGCUGUCCUUCUUCCUGCCCACGAUCAUGUACCUGGGCUGCCCUGCCGUGCUGUUCUUCUGCCGCAACAAGUACCACCUUGUCGAGCCCACCGGCUCCGUCUACACGCAGGCCUUCCGGCUGUGGAAGCUGGCCAUGGAGGGCCGCUGGUCGAUGAACCCUGCCAGAAUCUUCAAGAAGAACGAUAAGCCCUUUUGGGACUCUGUCAAGCCCUCGGCCCUGGGCCCCAACCGUCCUCAGUGGAUGACCUUUGACGACGAGUGGGUCGACGAGGUCGGCCGUGGUCUCAAGGCUUGCAAGGUGUUCCUGUGGUAUCCUCUUUUCUGGCUCGCCUACAACCAGAUGCUGAACAACCUCACCUCGCAAGCCGCCACCAUGAAGCUCGGCGGCGUCCCCAACGACAUCAUCAACAACCUCAACCCCCUCUCCCUCAUCAUCUUCAUCCCCAUCAUGGACCAGCUCGUCUACCCCGGUCUCCGCCGCCUCGGCUUCCACUUCACCCCGCUCAAGCGCAUCACCGCCGGCUUCUACGUCGCCGGCGCCUCCAUGAUCUGCGCCACCGUCACCCAGCACUACAUCUACAAGCUCGGCCCCUGCGGCAAGGAGGCCAACUUCUGCCUCGACCAGUACAACAAACACACCGACAUCUCCGUCUGGGUCCAGGCCCUCACCUACGUCCUCGGCGGCAUCUCCGAGAUCUUCGCCUCCGUCACCUCCCUCGAGUACGCCUUCACCAAGGCCCCCACCAACAUGCGCUCGCUCGUCCAGGCCGUCGCCCUCUUCAUGAACGCCUUCUCCUCCGCCCUCGGUCAGGCCCUCGUCGGUCUCGCCGAGGAUCCGCUCCUCGUCUGGAACUAUGCUAUCGUCGCCAUCUUGGCUUUUAUCGGUGGCACCGGUUUCUGGCUCACUAACUAUAAGCUCGAUAAGCAGGAGGAUGAGCUGAAUAACCUGCCGCAGAGCCAGUUCCAGGGGAAGGUUAACCCCAAGCUGGACGAGGAGACGGCCCAGAUGUAA